UUGCAUUUAAAAUGGUAAAAUAAUAAUAAUCACUUUCAAAACGUGAUUUAUUACUGCACAAACUCGGCGUUUAGAGUAUAAACGGACAUCUCUAAAAAAAAUUUAAACGCAUGCGCAUAACCUAUCGCCAUUGCGACCAGUUUACGGGUUGUCAUCAAAAAGAAAAUACGGUUAAUCAAAAAAUCUCUAUUUAUUUAUUUUUUUAUAAAUAACUAAUCAAAAGUUUAUUAAUUGUGAUUGUUUUGGUGAUCGUCGGAUUAAACCGGAAGUGAAUCGUUUACGUAAACUCAACAGCAUGUGUAAUGCCCCCGUGUAAUUACACACACACACAUUUGCACUGCCCCUCAACUCCUCGGUGCUAUCUGGCUACGUUAUAGUUUAUAUUUAUUUAUUUUUAUAGUUUUUAGUAUUUAAUAAGAAAAACGAAUGCCGGGGCCGCCGCCUCCGCCUCCACCAAUUGGGGGGCCGCCGCCACCGCCAGCUUUUACGCCCCAAGCUGCUCCAAGUAAAGGAGGUGGCGAUCAAAGAGAUGCCCUGCUCAGUGCUAUAAGAAAAGGAAAAAACUUGAAAAAGACUGUUACCGUUGAUAAAAGUGGCCCUUGCAUACCAGGAAAAUUAUCAAAUGUCAGCAAUAAUAAUAGUAAUACAUCUAAUAAUAAUGAUGCGAGACCAUCAGGACCAACACCGUCAGGACCUCCAAAUGGACUUGUAGGUUUAGCUGCUUUAUUUCCCGGCGGGCAAAUACCAAAAUUACGCCCCGUUGGUGGUAAUCAUUCAUCAAAUAAUAGUAAUGGUCAUGGAACGACUAGCCAAAGAUCACCAGAUUCAACCGUACAACAAAAAAACUUUGUCAAUACGCAGAAUGAAAUUAAAAAACGAAUGGCGAACGACAAUAAAAAUAGGGGUCCUCCUCCUCCAGCUCCAAGUAGAACACCCAGUUCCGAUGAUAACACGCCAAGGAAAUUUCCAGUUCCGAGUAGAAACGGUAGCGCAAAUCACCACGUGCACACAAAACCAGGCAGCGUGUCCGAUUUAUCGUCGAUUACUUUCGAACACAACCGAAGCGCCUUGCACAAACGAGCGGUCAGUAAUUCAAACAUUGGCGUUACGGAAAGUUCGGAGAUCAGCAACCGACCAACAAAUCUCCAUCCAAAACCGAGUUAUGGUAAACCGAACGUUGCCCCUAAGCCGCCGGUUCUUAACGGAAAAAUAAAACCUUUAAACCGGACGCAAAGUAUGAAAAAUCCUCGGUCACCGUCUCCUCAAAGCCCGGGAACGCUUGAAAAGAAUAUUUCUAAUUUCGGGACGGUGAGAAAUUUGAAGCCGGAUAUAAAAGACGCUUUAGCGAGUAUACAUCAAAAAGGACAUAGAGCACCAAUGGCUGAUAGACCAAAGGGACCACCUCCAUCAAUUCCUCAACAGCCUGGUGGCUAUGGAUCUCAAGUGUCUCUUACGUCUAGUAAAAGUAUUAAACAUCCGGGACACGCGCCGCCUCCACCACCGCCGUCCAUGGUUACUGCUCCAAAUCAACCACCUCCUGUUCCUCCACAUAGAACUGCGCCACAUGUACCUCCAAGAACUGUACCUCCACCUCCACCCUCUUUGUCUUCCAAUGGCAACGCGCCUCCACCUCCACCGAGAAUCUACUCCAUGAAAGACAAUAACCUAAGUAGACAGUCUUCGUCGCCAUCCGAUUUCGAAGCGAGGUUCAAAUUUCCGGAUGUUAGCACUUUUCCGGCACCGCCAAAAUUUAAAGGUGUUGAAAAAAUUUAUGGGAAACCAGCUGGCGGUAAGCAGCCGGCUCCGUUGCCCCCUAACCAUGUCAUCUUGAAUAACAACCGCCUGUGGGAAUCGUCGACUUGCUAGCAGCAGCUGGCAUAGCACCACAUCCACUGCUCAAAAUUGUGCAAUUACGUGCAUUCGUUGUUCUGCCGAAAGAAUCAUUAGUUUAUGAUUCGUUUCGGCCAUAUCAUAACAAUUUAAAUUUACAUUAUUUAAUCGUAGCGUUUUUAUUUAAUUUAUUAUUCAAAAUACGUUUUGGGAAUAUUUAAAUAUCGCUGUGGGGAAAGUGUCGUUAGUUAGGAGGUUAGGAAACUUUAACAAAAAAUAACUGCAUAAAAUAAUAGUAUAACAACGAAUUAUAUGAAUUUAAAAAGGGCAUAAGAUUAAAUGAUUCUGUCGUUGUCAUUGACAGUCAAAAUUUAUUGCAUGCCACGAUACAAGGUGAUACAAAUUUAAUUUUUGAAAUAAUAAGGGAAUGUAAAAAUACUGUUUGAGUUGUUAUAAAUUUGGUAAUGUGUUUUAUCAUCCUUGGGAAUGAGUCAUUUUCAUUUAUUUAAUGGUUAUUAAUUUAUUGGCCAAUAACAACUGGUUAUGAGUAGAUUAUAAUAAAGAAGAAUUAAAAGUAGUUUUGCAAGCUUUGAUAAAAUUUCAAUAAAUAAUUGAAACUAAAAAUAAUCUUUCUGUAAUUACGCUUUGUUGGUACAUGCUACAAAUAGAAGUGUAUUUUUGAAAAGCAUUUUUAUCCUAUUUUUUAAUUUCUGGCAAUUUUUUGUUAUGUUUUCUGCCUUCGUUUUUACCCCAUUAUUCUUGUGCUGUUUGAACCAUUUUGUUUCAAAAUCUUUCCUAUUUGUAGUCAAAAAAUAUAGUCGAAGAGAAUUUUAUCUUUGUCCUUCCAAGCAGUUAGUUCCUGGACUUAUUGUAAUUCGGAAUUAGACAUGAUUUAACCAACAUGAUAAGUACUCUUAAAAAUAUAUUUGUUAUCUGGUACAACAUUUACAUCUCACAUUUAAGUUUUAAUUAUUACUCGCUUGCUCGUUUGGUGUUGGGUUUGAAUAAUUGAAACCAAAUAGUUCAAUAUAGUGUAAAAGUCAAAAGGGAAUAUAGCCUGAAUAGAUAUAUAUUUAUGUAAUUACACCAAACCAUAAAUAUCUCUUAUGCCAUUUGAUAUAUCUUCAUUUUGAACAAGGUAUCGAAAUUGCGCAGCCCUUUUUGGGUACAAAGAAUAGUAAAAAGGUAAAAAUUGCGGCAUUGCAUGAUCGAAGAAUUUAAGUAUGCGAAGCUGGAUUGUUGUAUUUUCAACAUUCAUCGGCAACAUAUCACUUCAAUAGCUUCAAUUCUCCUUCGACGUGCAGCAUUCAUGGUCUAGGAUUCUGAGCCAUAUGUUGCAAUAGGAAACACUUCAUCUUGUUUUGGUUUCUUUGCAGAGACGGUUUUCCCAGAUUUUAACCAGUCUCCCCAAAUCUUUUGCCAUUCCGAUUCUUCUCUUUAUUUCUUGUUAUAGAUAAUCCAUUUUUAACUUCUAUGUCAUAGAUUAGCUGCAACGGUUGAGAUACUAUAAUCUAGGUCUAUAAUCUAGUAGAAUCUAGGAGGAUGCAAAGCAACAUGCCUUUGUAUGAUUGGUACCAAUUUUACUGAAAACAGUUUACUGAAAACAAACAAAGAAAUGUUUACGUUAGUUAACAUUUUCAAUACAAGGAAGCUAUUGAGCAUCAACAUUGAUCUUGGAAUUUCUAAAUCCAUGUCAGAAUAAGGAACUGCAAUCCCAAAGAACGUUACAAGAUGCUUUUGAUCUACCGAACAUGCAAGUACGUCAUCACACACCAUCUCACGUGAUACUUAGCUAUGAUCCAUCCAUAUAUUGGUCACAAACCUUGGGUGAUGUUGACGUCACAAAGUAUAAAGGUGUCUCCAAAUAUAGAGCGGCAAAUGCGUUUCAGCAACGCGCAGCGUUCGCAGGACACAAUUCUGCUACGCGCAAGUUUGGACAUGCCAAAGAAUGCUCGCCAUGCACUUGCUAAAAAUGUACAGUUACAAGCAGAAAGAAGAGUGUGACACAGAAUAACCAGAUAAGUCACUUGGGGUAUCUAAAUCAUAACGUCACUGCAAAGACGCAGAAAAAUCAAUUUUGGCGGGAUACCCCCAGUGACUUUUCUGGUUAUUCUGUGCGUUUAAGUCCCUUUUUUAAGAUGGCGGAAUUUAAAAUCCAACCAAACCAGUCAACAUAAAAACUAAGCAGACUAUCUUGAAUGGCGCAUAGUUUGAGUGGCCUAUCUGAAUUAAAGUAUUGUUUGUAUUUUAGUUGUUAUCUACUACGCCAAAUUGUUUGCUUAAUAUGAAUACAUAUUUGGUUUUUGUGCAACUUUCAUUACUUAUGUAUAAUGAUGCAUGGAUUGAUAUGAUUUAAUUCAAGUAUGAUAUUUUAUUCGAAACAUUCAACAAUUAUUUUAUUGCGGAACAAUUUCGAUUCUUUGUAUCUUUCUUCCUUACAUUUUUUGCAUAAACAAGCAUGAAAUCGUCAUCUUCCCUUUUUAAUAUAAAUUUAGUACUCACCAAUUUGUUAUUUUUUAGUGUUUCAACCUUAUUCUUUCCAAAUAUUAAAUUUGAAUCGCCUUGUACAAUAAUAGUUAAAGGUUAUCGCAAGAUAUUGUUACAUUUAUGAGAUGGUAUAGAAUUAUAAUAAUUAUUAGCGUUAACAAAGAUGUUUUACAUAAUCACAGUAACAGAAGAUUAAGUAUAAAUGAAUGUAGGAUAAUUUAUAAUCUGGAAAACUAAAGAAAAUUUUAAAAAGAACAAGUAACUGUUUUUAAAAGUCUUGUCUAAGCUUACAAGGAAUGACACAGAUAACCUUUUAAAUAAUAUAAUAAUGCACAUCUUUCCUAAAUGUUUUAAAAUAUACACGAUGGCAAAAAAGUACAUCUUCCUAACCUUACCCUUAUGUUGCGUCUGACGAUACCCUAUCGAAAUAAGGUUAAAAUGAUGGAGAUGGAGGAGAGGGGGAUAUAAAAAAACGUUAGUCUUCAUGGCUGUGGCUAAUCUAUAUCAAUGUAUAAUUGUACAUUUUCCGGGAUAAUUUUCCCGCGUUCAAACGGAGCAUUAAGCUAGUUAUUGUUACACACGCACUGGGUUUUUUUUGAACGAUGUCGACGCCUUUUUGUGAUAAGACUGCUGCUUCGUCAGGUGACUUCGAAAUAUAUAUUAUAAAAUAUAUAUUCAAUCGAUUAAAAAUUAAUUAAAAAGGUUUUGUUUACCGUUUUAUUAUUAUUAUUCAAAUCAACUUUUUCUUUCUAUGGUAUUUUCAUUAACGAUUAAAACCCACAAUUUCAUUUGAUAAAUAUUUUGAGAUUACGUGGUUUUCAACCGUAAAUGAAGUUAAAAUUGUAUUUAUUAUUUUCCGUCUGUGUAUUUUUAUUUUAUUAUAUUUUAUUUAUAAUGUU